UUGACAAACUGCGCACAGUAUAUGCUGACUAUCGGUAACUAUGGAGUGGCAGAAAGUUUAAGCAGGAAGGCAGUCAAUACCAGGAGCAAAGUGCUAGGAGAAGAGCAUCCUGAUACGCUGACGAGCAUGGCCAACUUGGCAUCAACAUACUGGAACCAGGGACGAUGGAAGGAGGCAGAAGAGCUCGAGGUAGCAGUGUUAGAGACAAGCAAGAGAACGCUAGGAGAGGAGCAUCCUGAUACGCUGACGAGUAUAGCCAACUUAGCAUCGACGUACCAAAACCAGGGGCGAUGGAAAGAGGCAGAAGAGCUCGACAUGGCAGUAAUAGAGUCAAGGAAGAGAACGCUAGGAGAGGAGCAUCCUGAUACGCUGACGAGCAUGGCCAACUUAGCAUCGACAUACUGGAACCAGGGACGAUGGAAGGAGGCAGAAGAGCUCGAGGUAGCAGUGUUAGAGACAAGCAAGAGGACGCUAGGAGAGGAGCAUCCUGAUACGCUGACGAGCAUGGCCAACUUAGCAUCGACAUACUGGAACCAGGGGCGAUGGAAGGAGGCAGAAGAGCUCGACAUGGCAGUAAUAGAGUCAAGGAAGAGAACGCUAGGAGAGGAGCAUCCAUCCACGCUAACGAGUAUGGCCAACUUAGCAUCAACAUACCGAAACCGGGGACGAUGGAAAGAGGCAGAAGAGCUCGAGGUAACAGUGCUAGAGUCAAGGAAGAGAACGCUAGGAGAAGAGCAUCCAUCCACGCUGAUGAGCAUGUGUAAUCAAGCUAUUCUGUGGAAAGACCACGGCCGGGUUGAAGAUGCUCAUGCCCUCAUGCGGAACUGUGUAGUUAUAAGACAACGAGUGCUUGGUACGGACCAUCCGCAGACGUUAUCAUCAGUGGCAUGUCUUGCU